UCUACGGUCAGUUCACCACCUCACUACAGCCGAGACGCUUCAUCUACGGUCAGUUCACCACCUCACUACAGCCGAGACGCUUCAUCUACGGUCAGUUCACCACCUCACUACAGCCGAGAUGCUUCAUCUACGGUCAGUUCACCACCUCACUACAGCCGAGAAGCUUCAGGGAGCUCCAGUUCUGCCAUGCCUCAUAAUGGGAAUCGACAGCCCACAGAGUCCGCUCAACCCAAGCGAAGGGUAUUCUGCGUCACACCCCAAGAUGGCUUAAACUCAAGCGAUCAGGUCAGCUCAACUAUGUCUAACGGAAAUGGAGGCUCACCGGGAAUCAGCAUCGGAGGCUUCCACAUCUCAAGGAACUCCUCAGAUGGAUCUGAAGUCCAGCAGUUCAGGAUCGGCUAUGGCUCUGGCAACCAAGGAGCUGGGCCCCGCCGCUGGUCCGUCCAGCAGCAGAACUCUGACCCGGGUCAACCUGGCACCACUCAAAGGCUUGUGUUCCAGCUUGGACAGCAGGACCAAGCCAGACAGGCCAACAAUAUGAACCUCGUGGCCACAAGUGAGCCCACCGAUCUGGGCUUCACUGGCUCCAAGGGAGGGCGUGUGGUACGUUACCCCAAGAUCCGGUUGGAGAGAAGCUCUUCGCAUCAGCGGCUGCCCCGUGGGAACCACCAGACGUUCGGUGAUGUUGGGGAUCCUCAGGGCAUUGAAGGAAACCCUUCAGAGAUGGACGGUCAAAGUAUGGAUAUUGAAGAUGGCUGUACUUUCAACAUCAGGAGAGAACCCCGCAAGCGGCAGCCUCACUUCAAGAUUUCUUUCAGUCAGAAUGGUGAUCCCCCUACCGUACAGGAUAUAAGCCUGGGAAAUGGUCAGGCUCUGUUGGCCUCUGACCGUUCCAAGAAUGGGCUUUUCAACCUCGGACAGACGCGGGAUGAUUUCCUGGGACAGGUCGAUGUGCCUCUCAAUCAUUUACCGACCGAGGACCCUACGAUGGAGCGGCCGUACACGUUUAAAGAUUUCCUCCUACGACCACGAAGCCAUAAGUCCCGGGUGAAGGGUUAUCUACGGCUAAAGAUGGCCUACCUGCCAAAGACUGGAAGUCCGGAGGAAGAGACCACUGAAGGGAUUACCAGGGAGGAGGCGGAGGGCUGGGAGGUGAACGACUCUGCCGAUCCCAGCGUCCAGAGGCCCCAGGCGGUCCAGCCCCCACUGCCCCCAGGAUGGGAGGAGAAGGUUGAUAACCUGGGCAGAACCUACUACGUCAACCACAACAACCGCUAUACACAGUGGAAACGACCCAGUAACGUGGAUGAUAUUUCGGAGGUGGAGAAUGACAAUCAACAGCGGGCGAACAGCAUCCAGGCCCACCGGGUUUUCAGGUCCAGACGACACAUCUCUGAAGACCUGGAGAACGAACACACAGAACCCAGAGACAUGGAAGAUUCAUGGGAGCCAAUCACUGAAGAGAGUCCAGACGGCCCCCUACCUGGCCCCUCCUCCUCAAUGGCGACGGCCAUCCCCCAAACGCCUGCCCCCCCGCCCCUCCAGGAGUUCUCAGAGGAGAUCAACCUGGACCUCUCUCUCUCUCCAACCCCAUCCGGCCCCCCGCCUGACAUCAACGGAGAGGUGGCCGCCCCCAGCCACGCCUCUGCUGUGCAGAGUCAUCUGUCCUCCAGGCUGCGCUCCUCCAGUAUGACAGAUGGGGUCAGUGACCAGGCCCAGCCUCCUCCUCCAGCGAGCUCCCAGACCAGAAGAACCAGAGCUCUAACAGUCACUGGAGUUGAGGAGCCCAUGUCUCAGUCGGCAGCCUAUGCCCUGACCACACCAGGCUUACCUCCAGGAUGGGAGGAGAGGAAGGACGCCAAGGGRCGCACGUAUUACGUCAAUCAUAACAACCGCUGCACCACCUGGACCAAGCCUAUCCUCCAGCACGCUGAAGACGAGGCGAGUUCCUCUGACUCCGGGGCUGCAGCUGAAGCCGCCUCCACCUCUUCCUCAGCCAACAACAAUAGCCACCUGAUUGAACCGCAAAUACGCCGUGCCCGUAGUCUCAGCUCCCCUACCGUUACCCUGUCCUCCCCCUUAGAGGGGGCGGCCAACAACAUAGCUGUGCGUCGGGCGGUGAAGGACACCCUCUCCAACCCCCAGUCCCCCCAGCCCUCCCCCUACAGCUCCCCCAAAUCAGGACAUCAGUCCCAGCAGAGCUUCCUGCCCCCGGGGUGGGAGAUGAGGAUAGCACCCAACGGAAGACCCUUCUUCAUUGACCACAACAGCAGGCUCACCACAUGGGAGGACCCGAGGUUGAAGUAUCCAGUCCACAUGAGAACAAAGGCCUCUCUGGACCCUGGUGACCUGGGGCCUCUUCCUCCUGGCUGGGAGGAACGGGUGCAUGCAGACGGCAGGACCUUCUACAUUGACCACAACACCAAAGCCACUCAAUGGGAGGAUCCUCGUCUACAGAGUCCUGCUAUCACAGGGCCUGCUGUGCCAUACUCUAGAGAAUUCAAGCAGAAAUACGAUUACUUCAGAAAGAAGUUGAAGAAACCGGCGGACAUCCCGAACAGGUUUGAGAUGAAGCUGCACAGGACCAACAUCUUUGAGGAGUCGUAUCGCCGUAUCAUGUCUCUGAAGAGACCAGAUAUCCUGAAGGCCCGUCUCUGGAUCGAGUUUGAGUCAGAGAAGGGGCUGGACUACGGAGGUGUGGCCAGGGAGUGGUUCUUCCUGUUGUCUAAGGAGAUGUUCAACCCUUACUAUGGACUCUUUGAAUACUCAGCCACAGAUAACUACACAUUACAGAUCAACCCUAACUCUGGGCUGUGUAACGAGGACCACCUCUCAUACUUCAAGUUCAUUGGUCGAGUGGCAGGGAUGGCCGUGUUCCAUGGGAAGCUAUUGGACGGCUUCUUCAUCAGACCAUUCUACAAGAUGAUGCUCGGGAAGCAGAUCACACUGAAAGACAUGGAGUCAGUGGACAGUGAAUACUACAACUCUCUGAAGUGGAUCCUGGAGAAUGAUCCUACUGAGCUGGACCUGCGGUUCUGUAUCGAUGAGGAUAACUUUGGACAGACGUAUCAGGUGGAUCUGAAACCCAGUGGUGGUGACAUGGUGGUGACCAACCACAACAAAAUGGAAUACAUCGAUCUUGUCAUUCAGUGGAGGUUUGUGAACCGAGUCCAGAAACAGAUGAAUGCCUUCUUGGAGGGAUUCACUGAACUCACUCUCAUCGACCUCAUCAAGAUAUUUGAUGAAAACGAGCUUGAGCUGUUGAUGUGUGGUCUGGGUGACGUUGAUGUGAAUGACUGGAGACAACACACGUCUACAAGAACGCGGUACUGCCCCAACCACCCAGUUAUACAGUGGUUCUGGAAGGCUGUCCUGCUGAUGGAUGCUGAGAAGAGGAUUCGUCUGCUUCAGUUUGUCACCGGAACAUCCAGAGUCCCUAUGAACGGCUUUGCUGAACUCUAUGGUUCCAAUGGGCCUCAGCUGUUCACCAUUGAGCAGUGGGGAACACCUGAUAAGCUUCCCAGAGCACACACCUGCUUCAACAGGCUGGACCUGCCUACCUACGARUCGUUUGAUGACCUCCGAGAGAGGCUACUGAUGGCUGUGGAGAACGCUCAAGGCUUCGAGGGUGUCGAUUAAACUAACGUCAGCCAUCUUGGUUGAAUACCACUACAGAGACGACACACCACCACAGGACAGAACGUUUAAAAAACAACUGCCACAGAACGUUCCAAAAAAAACAACUGACUAACUGCCGUUCUACAGCUGCAGACAAUGGCCGUAGCAGGGUCUACCUGCAAGCAUGUUAUAUGCACAUGAUCAACCACCGAGGUUACUCUGAGACUGUAGUGAAUGUGACAGAGACAACGAGCCGUAUCUGUCUUCUCCUAUGUCAAGGUGCUGGGGAACAUGGCCACUACAGUGCAGCCACUACAGUGCAGCCACUACAGUGCAGCCAAUGCAAAACACUGCACCCCUGUCUGAAAUCUGCAGUGCUGGAAUCUCUGAUGCUUUUCAAUAUGAAUAUCUCUCCUGUUGUAUUUGACACCCACCAUCCCAGUGACUCUGCUGUGGAGUGCAUAGCCUAACCUGCUGGUUACUGCAUUCUGUAUGAAAUUACUACUCCUCUCUCCAAGUUAACAUGCUGGAUCCUGCAUUGUGUAUAUAUAAUCACUGAUCGAUUGGAAUCCUGCAUUGAUCAAUCACUACUUAAACUCCUCUCCAGGUUACCUUACUACUACAGUACUACACCACCAGAUAACCUUAGGAAUGCUAACCAAUCACAGAUUCACUAAUGAGGAUAUAAGCCUAGCCGUGUCUCUCUCACUGUUUGACUACUAUGCCUGUCUGGUCCCACCUCUCUCCCUCCC